AUGUUUUUAACUAGAUCUGAAUAUGACCGUGGAGUAAAUACUUUUUCACCAGAAGGUCGUUUGUUUCAAGUAGAAUAUGCUUUGGAAGCAAUCAAGUUGGGAUCGACAUCUAUAGGUAUUCAAUGCGAAGAGGGUGUUGUUUUGGUUGUCGAAAAGCGUCUCACCUCUACUCUUUUGGAGCCAUCAUCCAUUCAAAAGGUUGUUGAAAUCGAUUAUCAUCUUAUUUGCGCCAUGUCUGGUUUAACUGCCGACUCUAGAACCAUUAUAGAUCACGCUAGAAUUGAAACUCAAAAUCAUAGAUUCAACUACGAUGAACCAAUGGGUAUUGAAUCAACUGUACAGUCAAUUUGUGAUUUAGCCUUACGUUUUGGUGAAAAUAGAAAGGAUGGUGAAGAAAGAAUGUCUAGACCAUUUGGUGUUGCACUUUUAAUUGCAGGAGUUGAUGAAAGAGGACCACAAUUAUAUCACUCUGAUCCAUCAGGUACCUUUACUCAAUACCAUGCAAAGGCUAUUGGUGCCGGUUCAGAAGGUGCCCAAACCACCCUCCAAGAGAAAUAUUCAAAGACACUUUCACUCCAAGAAACCAUUCAAUUGGCAUUGACCACCUUGAAGCAAGUCAUGGAAGAGGCUGUCACUACUACCAAUGUCGAAUUGGCCGUCAUUUCAAAGAAAGAGAAAAAGUACAAGAUCUACAACAAAGAAGAACUUGAAGCCGUCAUUGCAACUCUCGGUCAAUAA